UCGUCGUUUGUUUUCUUUUUGAACAUCUGCCUUAGAAAAACAUUGUACAUAUUUUGAAAGUUUAAAAUAUAAAGUUUUUUAUGAAAUCUAAUCAUUCGAUAAUUUGUUUAAAGAAAUAAUAAUUUAAAUAAAACAAUAUCCAUGUCGAGCACAAGUUCUUUAUGCUUAACAUGCCUGUCCAGUCUGGAAGAAGGCGCCAAACUAACGCAAACCCUACGAAGUUUCCUUUGUGAUAUUCUACAUUUCAAAGCUAAACUUUUAAAAGAUUCACAAAAAAUAAUAUGCCGCAAAUGUUACAAGACUCUAAUUGAACUCAAAUGCUUCUAUACUCAAUUAAGAGAUGUUGAAGUUUAUUUUGAAAGUAAAACUAAAGUAAACAAUCAUUCCAAUGAUUCCAUGGAGGCAGAUGACGGUGGCGUGGACGACGAUGACGACGACGGACCGUACAUUAGUGAGUUGGAGUGCACAGUCUCGAUGGCUGAUGAAUCAACUCUAGAUCCGAUUGUUAUUGAUGAAGAUGAAGAGUGUUGUGUUGUUGAUGACGAUACCAUAAAACAACUCAAAAGAAAGUCAGAAGUAACACCGGCAGGCAGAAGAUUCGUUUGUUUAACCUGCAGUAAGCUCUUUAGUUCAUUUGAGGAACUACGUUCACAUGAACAAACUCAUUUGGGGAAGUCGCCAAUUCAGAAAGCCUCUCCCGUAUUUGUGCCCGCCAAUUCUCCACAAAAAAUUACCUGCCUCGAUUGCGGCUUAGAAUUCUGGAAUAAUUUGAACCUUGAAGCUCACAUGAAGACGCACAAGCAAAUAAGACCUUUCUAUUGUAAGAAUUGCAAGCAUAGAUUUGAGAAUAGAGAACAACUUAUUGUCCACGAGAGCAAAUACAAAUGUGUGAUUUGCCAGAGUAAAUGUUGCAGUCGGAAAAUACUCGAUAGUCAUAUGAAAGAGAAACAUAAUGGGGAUAUUGACGGUCCAGAUGGUAAGGUGGAUAGCGAAGAGCCUAAAAAAGAAAAAAUCGACAUCAGAAACAAAGAUACACAUACAAAGGAUCCUUUAAAUAAUAAAUGACCAUCUCCUUUUGAAUACACCACACAUCAACUCCGUGAGUUAAGCCCAACUUAAAACCAACGUUUUUACUUAAAAAUACAAGAAUUCAUAAACAAAAACAAAAUAAUAAUAAGUUUAUAAGGAUUUAUUUGUUUUCCUUCAUUGUUUACAUUAUUUACGUUUAAACGUUUAGUUGCACUUUGAUGGAUGUAAAAAAUAUAAGUAUUUUAAGCUAAAUCUAAUAAAUUGUUAUUAUGUCAUACA